CCUCUUCUCUUUUGCUUCUUCCAUGGCGUACCAUUUGUUUCUUCAGCUGCCACAUUUCUCCUACCACGCACAAACUUUUAAACCCUCUAAGGGAUGGAAUUGGAAGCCUAGUUCAAGUGCAUUACACUGUUCAAUGUUCCACCGAAGGCUGCAGGGGAAUUUUUUCGCGGCAAAUAAGUGCAAUUUAAUUGGAUUACGGUUUGCUGGUUACACUUCUUCAAAGGGUACAUUUCAAAGUGCAUUCUCGGCAGUGCCUUCUUCCCCUCCUUGUGAUCCUUCUGGUACUGGCAAUAAGGCUUUUUUACCCGAGGUUGAUUCUCCUUCAAUCGAAUUCAAUCGGGUGAAUUGUCUUGUUUGGGUAUUACAUGAAGCUGCCAGAAGCUUUUCCCUUGCAGUUGAGUCACUUGAGUUGGAUGGAAGCCGUGCUGAGGUUGCAAUGGCUUGGAAUGGAAAGGAUGUGCAUCAAUGGCAUAAACGUAUCGCUCAUCGGGUAGCUGUUUAUGCUAUGUUGAAAACGGUAAUCGAAGUGGAGAUAUUGCUCUCUCAAGAACAUCAUAACAAUCCAUCCCCAGUUAGAAAGAUCUUGACUGCAGAGACAGGUUCGUUAGAGGAGUUCAUUGAAAGUCGGUUGAAAUUAAGACAUCCGGAAUUGGUACAAUGGUUCAGAGUGGUGGAACUUCCAAGGAUGAAAGGAUUCUUCAUUCCAUUGUUAAAGAAAUGGUCUAUGGAGUAUGCAGGAAGUGGUGUUGCAGGGAUUAUUAUGGCUAUUAGCUGCUGUGCUGCGGUAGAGAAAUUGUGUUCUGAACAUAUCUCUUGUCCCAUGUCUAAAAUAUCAGUAGGCGAUGUUAUCGUGGGGCUUAUGGAUCUUUCACAUGGUAUUGUUUCGGUCGACAAAUUACACCAAUUAGCAACGGAGGCAGGAUUUGAAACUCAUUUCCUGUCACAUUUUGGUGCAAAGGUUCUGGCUAGCAAGAAGAGUGAUGAGAUAGAAUUUUGGAUAGGGUUGGCUCUGAGGAAACUCUCAGUAGCUUUCACCAAAGAAACCGUGAUUCCAGGCAAACUGGAAUUUAACAGCAAGGUUCAAGCAGAUAGCUUGGCUACAUUAGGACUUUUGCAUAUCUGGGGAGGAAGACUAGAUUGUUUUUUUCACAAUUGCGUAUAAAUGAUCUUGAUGAGCUGGUGAAGGACUUCCUGAGUGCUUUGGGUGCAGCUACUUGGAGUGUGGAAGUCUUUUCAUUUACCCGGAGUUCUCUUCCAUAUCAGUUUACCAAUUCUUCAUGGAGGUAGUAACCGAUGAAAUUGGGUGGCUUGAUUUUAUGGAAAUUGUUCUUUCACUAGCAAUUAUGAAAAAAGGUCCAAGCAGCAUGCCAUACAAGCAGAGA